GAGCGGCUCGAGAACGCGCAGCCCGAGCAACGCGCAGACACGGAGCACCCACCUUAUGUUAACGUUAAUGUUAAUUCCCCGAGAGUAAACAACGCCAACAACAACGAAGUAAGGGUCGCAAUUCAAGCUCCGUUGGACCGAGUUUUUCCCAGUUGUAGGGCACCAUUUUCCACGCUGCGCAUUCCUCCGUGCAGGGAGCCAGAGAGGAAGGGAAAACCACCGACGGACAGAACGGGCAACGAGAGCUGGAAGCGGCCUCUUUACGAGGCGGACCGGGGAAUUCACCCACAAAGGCUUGUGAUAGACGUCCUGUCUGUUGUUUUGGGUGUGUCGGAGUCUCCCUGUGUUUGUUUUGAUGACCAAAGGCACAUUAUGAGACCGUUGCUUUGAUGAAUAAUUUACGGUCUCGCGGUCCGAGGCUCGCGUUGCGACUACCAACCCAACGUUGGCUGCGCCCGACGCCGCCUGAAUGGGCCCAGAUGGUGGACUAGAGAGAAAAGGCACCACGGGCCUUAAUUGGGAGCGCAGGAACUAAAACAAAAUUAGAAAUACUUCGAUACUCGUCUGGGUGCUGUUUCGUAGCCCGGUAGUCAUGUUGCAGAGUCGGUGGGGGAGGAGAGACGGAGCCCCCACUACUUCCACGCCAUCCAGUUUCGGGUUUAUUUUAUGAGCCACCAUCGGACACUUUUUCUCGCUCAUUGUAAUCUUGCUGGUCUUAUCUGAACGUGUGACGCGGAUGCUUCACUCACGCCUUACACAAUUGAAUUGAUAUGAUCUUAACAGCCAUAGUGUUUUUCUUUUUGUUACCUCAGAACAAUCUUUGAAGAACUGCCUAGCUCCUUGUUCUGCAUCAGGUCAGAGUUAUACAAUACACAGACAAAUCAGUAAGUCGAUGAGCACCGUUUUCAUUGUUGAACUUACUUUAAUACCUCAUGAAUCUACCUCAAAUACAACUUAAUUUUCUACACAACGGGCCGAUGUGUCCCCAAAUAAAUACCUCAACCUCAUCGCUGCGCGUCUUGUAAACUGAGUCUGUAUUUCGGUAAUGCUGCAGAUGGCUUCGUUCCCAGACACGGACCUGCAGACCUGCCCGCUCUGCAAGGAGCUGUGCGGCUCCUCUGCUCCAAUUUCUUCCAGCUCUUCUACCUCUUCAUCUUCCUCACAUACCUCAUCCUCCUCCAGCCAGACCAACAGGAGGCUCCACGUCCUGCCCUGCCUCCAUGCCUUCUGCAGGCAGUGCCUGGAGGGCCAGCGCAGUCCAGGGGACCCGCUGAAGCUGCGGUGCCCCACCUGUGACCAGAAGGUGUGCAUCUCUGAGGCUGGAGUGGACUCCCUGCCUUCCUCCAACUUCCUCUUCAGCAAUCUGCUGGACGUGGUGGUGAGCUCUGAGGAGCAGAUUCAGAACAAGAAUGGCCACCACAACCACCGGGGAGGCUUAGGUGGAGGCUCCUCUGGCUUCCAUCAUCCUAAUCAUGGAGGCCUGCUGCAUCCUCACCACCUGGGAGAGCCUCAGUGCAGUUCCUGCGACGAGGAGAACCCAGCCACCUCCCACUGCCUUGACUGCCAGGAGUAUCUGUGUGACAACUGUGUGCGGGCACACCAGAGGGUGCGGCUGACCAAGGACCACUUCAUCGAGCGCCUGGGAGAGAACCUCCACCUGGGCCGCAUCAAUGUCAACAACAAGCCGAGCCAGCCAGGGGUAUCGGUGUCUCUCGCCCAGUCCUUGCAGAACAACUUUGCCCUGCUGUCCCUCUUCCAGGACCACAUGAGCUUCUGCCAACACCAUGACAAUGAGGUGUUUCUGUUCUUCUGUGAAUCCUGCUCGGUGCCUAUCUGUAGGGAGUGCAGUGUUGGCCGUCAUAUGGGCCACACCUUUAUUUAUCUACAAGAUGCUGUACAGGACUGCAGGGCCAUCACCAUCCAGCUGCUGGCAGAUGCACAGCAGGGACGUCAGGCUGUGCAGCUAAGCAUGGAGAAGGUCCAGGCCAUGGCAGAGCAGGUGGAGAUCAAAGCCAAGGUGGUGCAGACGGAAGUGAAGGCCCUUGUGCUCAAACACAAGAAAGCGCUGGAGGAGAGGGAGUGUGAACUACUGUGGAAGGUGGAGAAAAUCCGUCAGGUGAAGGCUAAGUCUCUGUACCUGCAGGUGGAGAAACUGCACCAGAGUCUGACCAAGUUGGACAGCACCAUCGCGGCCGUCAGCCAGGUGCUGGAUGAGGGCCGCCACCUUGAUGUGCUGCUGGCCAGAGAGCGAAUGCUUACCCAGAUCCAUGAACUCAAGGCUUUGAGGAGCCUGCUGCAGGCGCAAGAGGAUGACCGCUUCAUGUUCACUCCUCCAGACCAGGCCCUGUACAUAGCUAUCCAGUCAAUGGGCCUUAUCAGCAGUGGAGCCUUUGCCCCAGUCACCAAAGCCCAUGGUGAGGGUCUGAAAAGUGCGCUACGUGGCAAGCCUGCAUCCUUCACUAUGAUUGGAUAUGACCAUGAUGGCGAGCCACGUCUUUCCGGCGGGGACACGGUGUCUGCAAUAGUCAUGUCAGUCCCAGACGGUAACCUGUCUGCAGCGGAGAUAACAGACCACCAGAAUGGCUCCUACACCGUCGGCUACCUGCCUAAAACUGAGGGGGAGCACCUUGUGUCGGUGUUGGUGUGUAACCAGCACAUCCAGGGCAGCCCCUUCAAGGUGAUCGUGAAGUCAGGGAGGAGCUAUGGCUCCCUGGGCUCCCAAGUUUCUUCCUUCGGGUGCGAGGGGGAGGGAGAUGGUCAGCUGUGUCGUCCCUGGGGCAUCAGCGUGGACAAGGAGGGAUACGUGGUGGUGGCCGAUCGCAGCAACAACCGCAUACAGAUAUUCAAGCCUUGCGGUGCCUUCCACCAUAAGUUUGGCUCUCUCGGUUCUCGGCCUGGUCAGUUUGAUCGUCCAGCGGGGGUUGCAUGUGACAGUCAGAGACGAAUCAUUGUGGCUGAUAAAGACAAUCACCGUGUGCAGGUGUUUACUUUUGAAGGCCAGUUCCUGCUGAAGUUUGGGGAAAAGGGUACUAAGAAUGGGCAGUUUAACUAUCCCUGGGAUGUGGCCGUCAACUCUGCGGGUAAGAUCCUGGUCUCAGACACUAGGAACCACCGUGUGCAGCUCUUCGCCCCUGACGGCUCUUUCCUCAACAAGUAUGGCUUUGAAGGGGCCCUGUGGAAACACUUUGACUCUCCCAGAGGAGUGGCCUUUAAUCACGAAGACCACCUGGUGGUAACCGACUUCAACAACCACAGGCUCCUUGUCAUCCGACCGGACUGCCAGUCAGCUCGUUUUCUGGGCUCUGAGGGCACCGGGAACGGGCAGUUUCUGCGGCCCCAGGGCGUCGCUGUGGACCAGGAGAACCGAAUCAUCGUGGCCGACUCCCGCAACCACAGAGUCCAAGUGUUUGAGCCCAAUGGAAACUUCUUAUGCAAAUUUGGCACACAGGGGAGUAGCUUUGGACACAUGGAUCGCCCCUCUGGUGUGGCUGUGACGCCUGACGGAGUCAUUGUGGUGGUUGACUUUGGAAAUAAUCGCAUCCUCAAGUUCUAACAAAGUUUAUCUUUGCAUCCUCUCUCUCUGUUUGCCCUUUUGCAUUUUCUUGAUGAAGGAAAUGGAGGCGAGAGGAUGACUCAACAGACACAACAGGAGGCAAGCUCAGAGAGGACUGAGAGCAUGCUGAAGUGAAGGGAAAUUAAAACUAUAGCUCUUUUUUUUCAGUUACAUUGCUAUAUUCCCAAUGAGAUAUCUGUGGUAUGUAUGACAAAGGGGACCUCUACAAAUUGAUAAUCAGUAGAACAAGCCAUAUUUUCCUUCCUCUGUCUCAGCUGCUCUGAAUUCUCUCUGUGAGCUCUCCUUAAUAUCCAUCUCAGGGAUUUUUUCACUUUUCUUGAAAUCUUGUACCCUCUGCUCCAUACCUACCUCAUUUAGCUCUUUACGAAUGUACUCAUAGUCACUGAGCAGAGGUUUUAGUCCGUGAAGUUUUACAAAGCAGAAAAGCCUACCUCUAUACUUUGUUAUUUAAGAGAAUGGACUAUUCAGUUGAUAUUGGCACAGGAUUAAAUGAAUUCUUGCUGUGCAUUUUGAAAUAUGAGUUAAAGUGAACCUCCUGAAUGUUGUUGCUGAGACAAUACUCAGACCGCUGUAGAGGCUGUGUGAUUUCUCAUUAGACAGCUUUGCUCGGAGAGGAAACUAGGGUACAGUAGUGUCCUUUUUCAUGUUUUUAGGCUAGUUAGUUUUUCGCUUAUGCAUCCACCCAUGUCUCUUUGGGGCUCUGUUAAGUUUGUAGUGUCAUGAAGGCCUCAGCAGAGUGUGUGAAGCGACGCCAAAAUAGAUGGAGUUCAGGUCACGUUAGGACUGAUUUAAAAUUGUCAGUACUUUUCAAGCUCUCUCCCUCUAGCUUUACUGGCUACUGCUAAUUUGAUGAAUCUAUUGACAAAUAUCAAGUUUAGGAAAUCAUCUCCAAAAUGAUCCCUGGAAUAAGUUAUAACUAAGUUGCCCUGUGAGAAAAAUAAUCCGAAGUGUUAGAUCAUGCUUAUCCCCCCCCCCCCCCAAUCUGGUCUCAUAAAACCGGAUGAACUCGUGUUUUUGAUCGAAUAAGAGAACCUGUGGCGUUACUGUCCAGUCAGUUGUGUAAACAACUAAGAUGCAAACACAAGUAUGCAAGGACAGCAGCGUCUCCUCUAAAAGGGAGGACCCACCAAAGGAUUUUGGUGAUGAAUUUUCCGAGAUCUAGAGCAAUUUUAGCGCAGAGAUUUAAUCAUUUAAUUGAAUGACACCUUUUUUGAUGAGGCAUGCUGUGUGACAAAAGCCUCACGGUUAGACACCUAAUAUGGCUGUCCAGAGGACGUUAAUGACAUCAAAUUAAGGCCUAACAUUAUAAUCCUUUGGAUUUAGAUUGUGGUUGAUAGCCACCCCCCUUGGCUCAUGAGGCCUGGGGUUUAGUCCAAUGAGAGGGUGUGAUCACAAAGCCCUCUCCUAUUUAUUGAUCCUCAGAGUGGAGGAGACCUCUCCAGAGCUAGUAGACCAAUUCCUCUAAAGAUGGAGGUCUGUAGACCAACUACUGGAGUCAACCAAAGUUAGAUUUUCUGCACAAUUGCCAACUGUAGAUUUGGCGAUUUUAAAGAUACCUGGAAAAAAAAAAUCCCCCUUUUUAAAAAAAUAAAAUAAUCAUUGUUGUUGGGAAGUCUAAAGUUAAUAAAACCCAUGGAGUUGAGUUCAUAGCACUGUACAUGUUAGGCUUAGAUGACUAAAGAGUGCAUUGGUCACAGUUUGUGUACUUUGUGUACACAUCCUGCUACGACCUGUUGCUGUGUAAGGCAGGUUUUGAAAGAAGAUCCUUUUCGUCUGUCUGAAGAGAUGUUUGUGUAGAGAACAGAAGAUACCCGCACCAAAGAGAACCCCAUCUCAGCCCAUCAAACGAUGCCCAAGAUUUUAUCAUUACUAGACAGCCCAUUGGCUUAAAGUUGCAUCUUAAGAUUAGCUUUAAUUUUGUAUCCCAAUCUAAUUACCAUCGAAACUAAUAGCUACUAACUCUUUGUGUUGAAAGCAUUGUGGGGUUUAGAAUCCCCUUGCCCUUUUUCAAUCUGUGUUACAGCACUAGACAAUUAUGGUUCUGUUAGUCCUUAGCCUAGCAACGAAUCUUGGGACCUAUGAAAAGAUUCACCGACUGGCUCUCGCCUCUGAGGAGAGGGCCCGUCUGCACAUGAUCAGGAUAGACAUCGUCAUAUCUCAGAUAUCCUGCACUGUUUUACCUCCUUUCUUGUUUACCUCAACUCCUGAAUACCUCAAGUCACUCAUAACUACUGUGCAUUUAAACAUUCAAAUACCUCAACUUGUUACACAUUCUGAAUACUUAAUUUUUACUCUUUUUAUUUAAGCAUACCUCAUUAGAUAUUUAUGCAUUACAAAUAUACCUCAUUCUUUGCAUCCUCCUGUUGCAGUACAGUAAUUGUCCCUCAGCUCUAGGACCAAAGAUCAUGGUACUGUCUUGAGUUGAACUAAAAUGUGUAUUAUGGUUAUCGCUCCAUCUUGCAUCCCUGAGCAGCUUUUGGUUUGUUGAAUCUACUGUAAAAUGCCUGGUAAAACGGCAUUGUAUCAUCGAGAAACCAAAUAUUUUCAGAUGAAAGCAUUGUGCCAAAAUGAUCGGUCAGAGUUCUGUGCCAAAUGGGGUUGGCAUUGGGACCACGCUGUUGUAGACGACAAAUGUCACUGGACCAUUAUAUCAUAGAUACAAAAUGUUAAGCCAGAGCACCCGAGGAUAUAUUCUCUCUCUCUGAUUGGAUGCACUUAAGAGGGCUGGGCCCAACUUAUCUUUACCUCAUAAUGAUGAUAAACAUGCAACGGGUAGGGAAUGAGGGUGAGGGUGAGGGAAUGAGGAUGUGGCCUCUUUUAAAGAGUUAAGAACUUCACAAAUCCGCCUUUUAACGCCCAAGAAUUACCUCCUAAUUUCUGCACAAUUUAACAAUAUUUUCAUGUGGAUUUUACGGAGGUUGACGUCGGAGUCUAAACUCAACCAUUCUGUGGCAGAACAAACUCAUCCGAGGAUUAUGCCUAAUGCCUGUCAACAGCCUGGUUGAUUGUGUGAGUGGAGCGAUUGGCACAUUGAUUGAGCGAGCCAGUUUGAUUCCACAGACCCAGCUGCUUUGAACUCAACACCUGGUUACACCUUCUUUAUUUUCUUUUUUUUUGCUUUUCAGUAUUACUUGUAAAAUGUUCAUUCAUUCAUGUUCAUCUGUUUUUUGUUUUAAUUUAAACUGCAGAAUUAUAUCUUUAUGAUCCUUAGGUCUUCACUCUUAAAGAGGAAACGUGUAUUUUAAACAUUUUUUUUAAAUUUGUUUUUCAUUUUGUUGCAUGCUUUAAGAAGUCCUUGUAUUAUAUUGACGUCUCUCAGAUAGGUGUUGAAAAACUCAGAUGGGGUGGGUAGCUGACU